AUGUUGCUUUUGGAAUGGUACGAUGGGAUCCUCGCUCAACUAUGUGGGCCGAUUGGUGUUAGCAUGACGGAAGGGAACUCAUCCACAGAUGAAUUUUCACCGGAGGCACUGCUCACACUUGAUAUGUUUACAAUAGAAAAGAAAAUAGGGAAAGGGAUGUUCAGUGAGGUAUUUCGUGCGAAAUGCAACUGGAAUGGUCAAAUGGUGGCAUUAAAAAAGAUUCAGGUUUUCGAGAUGGUGGAUCAGAAAGCUCGUCAGGAUUGUUUGAAGGAAAUCGAUUUGCUUAAACAGCUGAACCAUGUGAAUGUCAUCAGGUACUAUGCUAGUUUUAUAGAUAAGAACCAGCUUAAUAUUGUGUUGGAACUUGCCGAGGCAGGAGAUAUGAGUCGCAUGAUUAAGCACUUCAAAAAACAUGGCCGAUUAAUCCCAGAACGUACUAUAUGGAAAUAUUUUGUCCAGCUUGCCAGAGCUAUUGCUCACAUGCACUCUAAACGCAUAAUGCACAGAGAUAUUAAACCAGCAAAUGUUUUUAUCACAUCAGAAGGAGUGGUGAAAUUGGGUGAUUUGGGACUGGGACGUUUCUUCAGCUCGAAAACCACUGCCGCUCAUUCUCUUGUCGGCACACCUUAUUACAUGUCUCCUGAGCGAAUACAAGAGUCCGGUUAUAACUUCAAAUCAGAUUUAUGGUCAACGGGUUGCUUGCUAUAUGAAAUGGCGGCGUUACAAUCACCUUUUUACGGUGACAAGAUGAACCUAUAUUCGUUGUGCAAAAAGAUAGAAAACUGUGAAUAUCCUCCUCUGCCCGCGGACAUCUACUCCACUCAGCUUCGUGACCUUGUAUCUCACUGCAUCUCAUCCGAUCCAUCUCAACGACCUGAAACAACCGAAGUGUUGGAGAUUGCCGAGAAGAUGAACAGUUUCUUCCAGCAGCUACCCACGCAAAUGGCAACAACGAAAUGA